AAAAAAACAAGUAGAAUAAUGACUUUUGUUUGUAGUACAGGUGUACUUGGUAUUUGAAUGUUGUCGUUUUUUGAAACACUUUUGUUUAACACUUAUUUUUUUUACUUGCGUUUAAUGUGGUAAUGUAAUAUAAUGUCCGCCUCAUUUUGUUCAUCAGGAAAGAAUAACCGUGUCGCCAUGAAGAUCUAAUGACUUGAGUUCUUCGGGCGUCUUAUUGAAACUAAUAUUUCCGAGUCACCUAAAUGUUAACUUGAAUAAUACGCCCGGGGCGCUGAAGGUAUUAUAUUCCUCAAGGAGAAGAUUUUUAUACUUUGCUGAAGAAACUUCUUCCCCGUGAAGAACCGAAGACUGCUAUCUUUAGGUCUCCAGGCGUUUUAUUGAAGAUAACAUUUUCAGUGCGUAUGGGUUGCUAACUUCAAUAAUACGUCCGGAGCGCUUGAGGUUGUCUUCUAGAAGAUUCACAAUAGAUGCAGAUAACUCAAAUCAAUGUUUACGUGAUUUUCGUUUUUUGUAUUUUAAAUGUGUAACUUUUCAGUGGUCGUUUCCGUCGUCGUUGAAUUUUAACUUUUAUGUGUCUGUGUUAUUUGUUUGUGUGUUUUGUAUUUUUGCCAUAUUUUUUAAGUCCAUGUUAUUUGUGCUCUAACCCUUUUUAGAUUGUUAUUAUUUGAGAAUCAACUUAUCAAUCAAUCAAAGCUUGCGCUUAUCUAACUACUUAUAUGACGUGUUGUACUGAUGUCGAUCCUUGUUCUUAACAUGCAGUGGGUGACCCAAGGCACGGAGAUGUUCAACCAGAAGCCAGAGCGCGGCAUCGAGUUCCUGCAGGAGCAUGGAGUGCUGACCACGCCGCUAGACCCGCACGAAGUCGCCAUCUUCCUCAGAGAAAACCCGGAUUUGGACAAGAAAAUGAUUCGUGAAUAUAUCUGCAAGCGCUCGUCUCGCGGUGAAGACGAGGACGGUGGUCCCUCAGUCCUGGGCGCCUUCGCCGACAUCUUCGACUACGCCGGCUUGAGGAUCGACCAGGCUCUGCGACUGUAUCUGGAGACAUUCAGACUGCCCGGAGAAGCACCACUCAACUUCCUCGUUAUGGAACGAUUCGCUGAACGGUGGCAUAGCACGAACGGAGACCCAUCCGCGAAUACUGACGCGGCCUUCCGGCUGGUCUACUCCGUGAUCAUGCUGAACAUGGACCAGCACAACCACAACGCCAAGAAACUCAACGUGCCCAUGACCGUCGAGGACUUUGUCAAGAACCUCAGGGGGCUGAAUGGAUCUGAGGAUUUCGAUCAAAUCAUGCUUGAAGCUAUAUUCCAUUCUAUCAAGAACGAAGAAAUGGUGAUGCCAGCGGAACGUACCGGUCUUGUACGUGAAGCUUACCUCUGGCGCGUGCUGCAGCAUCGUGGCGCUGGUAACGGCACCCGCUACCGCGCAGUGCCCGCCCACCACCAGCACCACGCGAGGCUGCUCACUGUCGCCUGCCCGCCCACCAUGACGGCACUGUCAGCAGCCUUCGAGCGCGCAUCACCACCUACCGUCGAGGAGUUGGAGACCAACAAGUCUCGGGAGACGGGAGCCUUGAUGGCACUGAACGGACUCGAACGCUGCGCCUCCCUUAUCGCAAGACUACCAUAAGUUUCAUAAAAAAAUUAAAAUAUAACUCUCGAAUUAAAGUCAUUAAGGACCCGCGUGUCGCCGGAGGUUUCAUAGACGUUCAAAUCACAUACUCAAAUGUCAGUCAGACAUUCGAAUGGUCCGUGUAUCAUGUAAAUUAAUGUUUGUUAUUGGUUUAGCUCACGGUAUUUUCUAAGCGAUUAUUAUAUUACUUUUUGUAUAUAAUUUUAUUUGUAGGAGUAGCACUGGGCCAGUCCAGCAAGGCGCAGUUUGCUCUACGCCGCGCAUGCGCAGCGGCGGUGCGACACGCGGACUGCGUGCGCGACUCGCGGCGCCAUCUGCUGGAGAUUGUCAAGACACUUUAUAUUGGACGGCUCUUACCUAAGGUAGUGUAUUACUAAUAGUAUUGUAUGUUUUCAGAAAAAUGUAAAUAAAUUCGCAGACUAUCAAGAACAUGAACUAUUGAAGACUGCUAUCUUUAGUUCUCCGGGCGUCUUAUUGAAGCUAACAUUUUCAGUGUGUCUUGGUUGCUAACUUCAAUAAUACGUCCGGGGUGCUGAAGGUUACUUCUAGAAGAAUAACAAGCUAUAAAGGUUCCAGUCAGAUAAGAAUUGGAUACAGGAUCGGAAGCAUCGUGAAUACUACUCUGUCUUUAGUUCUCCGGGCGUCUUGUUGAAGCUAACAUUUUCGUGCGCUUUCGAUGCUAACUUCAAUAAUACGUCCGGGGCGUUAAAGCCUUUCUGACCGAAGAAUUACAACAGCUCAACAAGUCUUACUGCUUAUUCUCGCUUAAUAACACUUGUAGUUGUUCUCUAGUUUCCCAUUGAAACAGUAUUCAAAUACUGCCUAGCAGGAACAACCAAACGAAAAAAAAAAAACAAGUAGAAUAAUGACUUUUGUUUGUAGUACAGGUGUACUUGGUAUUUGAAUGUUGUCGUUUUUUGAAACACUUUUGUUUAACACUUAU